UGAGCAAAUACUAUAAGAGAGAUGACAACCCUGUGGUGGGGCAUCAUACAGGUGAGCACUCACAUUCUUCCUCCCCAUCAUCCACUGCCUGCGGACAUUACUUCAAUAUACCAGACACAAGGGAGCACUUUGAACUAAAUGUACAACUUUUGUUGUGCUCAUUUCUUGAGAUUAAUUUUUUGAUGCCGUGCGACUGUCUGAAAAGUUACAGAAGUGUAUAGAGAAUGUUGACGGGAAUGGAAAUGAUGGCGUGUGUGACUGAAAUCAAGCUUAGCGAGGGCCGAGGGGCCUGGAGCAGAGCGGCUCCCUCCUCCUACCAUGAGGUGGAUCUGGAAGUCAUUGAGGAGUACCUACAAGAGCAUUCUUUAGAGGUCCAGCCUGCUCACACACCUGCAUCAUCCAUGACCACCGUUGGACAACAGAUGCACACACACUCCCACUCCCACCAGGAGGCCAGGAUUAUAGAGAAUAGCUGGUCAGGUCAACAUGCGUAUGAGUGGCACUGUGGCUCUCACACUCCAAACGAAGAAUACAAAGAGCCUGCCCCAGUCUGGCCUAGUCCUCAUGACAACCAGUGGGAAAACAUUGCACAUGCCUUUGAGGCACCUGCAUACACUGACUCAGAUUCACAGUCCAGCAGUUCUCAGUACCACGAUUACCAAGACUCACCGUCUCCCAUGUCUGACAGAGGGGACGGGAAGGAAAGACACUCAUUGCCCCUUGCACCACUGUCAGUAAAAAGGAAGGAGCGCCUGUUCCAGUUCCUGUUUGAGAUGCUUCAGACACCAUCGAUGCGGAGCUGCAUCUGGUGGGUCCAGUCCUCAUCUGGCACCUUUCAGUUCUCCUCCCAAAAUAAGGAGAGCCUGGCUCAGCUGUGGGGACGACGAAAGGGGAAUCGCAAGACCAUGACCUACCAGAAAAUGGCACGGGCGCUGAGAAAUUACUCCAGAACCGGCGAAAUUCACAAAGUGAAAAGGAAGCUGACCUACAGAUUUGAUGAGAAGACACUGAGAGGCCUACAAGGAGACUCUAAUAUAAUGUAGAUAGUGUGAAAGAAAGUGGAUAUAACCAUAGAAAUGGAAUGAAUGAAAAAGACAUUAAAGGAAAUCCCUUGAUGUAUUUUCCAUUAAUUCUAAUUCUAGGGUCUUUUGAAUAGCGAGUAAAUACUGAGUAUUUAAAAAGCCAGGGCAUGGAAAACUGUUAGUCAAAACUUUUUGUAAAUGAAAAACCAUCCUAGAGUUACAAUAAAGAGUUUGCUAAGAAUUGUGAAAUUGAAAGAAACAUGCUAACCCUAAUGGUAGGCCAUGUGUUCAGGGUCAGCUGGCAUUACGUUGAGUAAAUCUAAAAGAUUAUUAUUCUGUUAUAUCUACUUUAUAAGUAGAAUUUAAACCUUUCUCAAAGUAAAAGUUGUGUUUCUUUUUUCUUUGGGUGAUUCCCGUAAUGCAGACAUUCAUCUCAUAGUACAUGAUCAUUUUGUAAAACGUUAACAGAAUUACAUUGUGUGAUCCGUCCAUGUUGAAAUAUCUUUUUUAAGAUAAAAUCAAAUAAACUAAAAAUAUCCUCU